CUGAUCAUAAAGUGCGGAUACAUAACAAGAUUAUGGCUGGUACACAUACACUUGUUACAACUUCUUUAACAAACGGAGAAGGGGGACAAUUCGCCAGCAAAGGUGCAAUUGCUCACAAGGGUUAUUCUUUGACUAUUCCUGAUAAUGUAAGCUCAUAUUACCUCGAUUUCGUUGUAGAUCAAGGUAUUUCUGAAUCUUUUACACGGCGUGGCCCAAUCACUAAUAAUGGAAUAAAUGUUAUCACUUUCAUG